UGCUCGAUUCAAUGAUUAUUACGAUGGUAAGAAAAUGGUGAUUUGUAUCGUGCGCACAUUCCCACGGACGAUGAACAGAGAACUUUGUCAUAACCAGUGGCCUUUUAAACAUUGGAAUGCACAAUGCAGAAUCCAAAACUAAUUAUAAAGAAGAUUCGUUUGAACUACGGCAUAGAAAACAUAAACAGGAAAAGUUAUUUGAAAUUGAAGGAAAAAUGGUGGGUUCUGGAAAUGGAGAAGUACUUGGUCAUGACUUAGGCAACGUUAAAACGGAGUUACUUGAAUUUAACUCCGAGGAUGAUAUGAAUGAAGAACUUGACACUAAAAAAUUAAUAAACUCACCAAUAAAUGAUGGAUCGAUUAAAAAAACUGCUGUUUCAAAAGAUUUCGAUGCGGCGGAUAAUGAAAGUGUUUGGUCCAUUUCUAUUCAAAUGUUCAUUCCAUUUUUACUCGCAGGAUUUGGAAUGGUGGCUGCCAGUUUACUUCUCGAUGUAGUCCAGCAUUGGCCAGUAUAUCAAGAAAUUUCAGAAGUUUAUAUAUUAGUUCCAGCCUUAUUAGGAUUAAAAGGUAAUUUAGAAAUGACUUUAGCUUCUCGACUUUCAACACAAGCUAAUCUUGGCCAUAUGGACACAAAAAAACAGCAGUGGAGUUUGAUCGUUGGAAAUUUAGCCCUAAUACAAUGUCAGGCCAUGGUAGUAGGGAUGCUAGCGUCUUUAGCAGCGGUUGUACUUGGAUGGAUUCCGGAAGCUCAAUUUGAUAUACAUCAUGGAUUACUUCUAUGUGCCAGUUCAUUAGUAACAGCAUCGAUUACCAGCUUUUUACUCGGAUUAAUUAUGGUUGCUGUGAUUCUUUUUUCGAGACGAAUGAAUAUUAAUCCGGAUAAUGUUGCAACGCCAAUUGCUGCAUCAUUGGGAGAUUUGACAACUUUAGCUCUUCUCUCUUGGAUAUCGUCUAUUCUAUAUAAUUCAAUUGGUAAUGCUGCAUGGGUUGCACCGACUAUGAUUAUUUUUUGCGUCUUGGCAACUCCUAUCUGGGGAUAUAUUGCUGCAAAAAAUCCUUUUACUAAAGAAGUCCUAGAUCAUGGCUGGACACCUGUGAUAUCUGCCAUGUUAAUUAGCAGUAUUGGUGGUUUGAUUCUUGAUUACACUAUAUCGAGCUAUAAAGGUAUUGCUGUCUUUCAACUUGUUAUAAAUGGAGUUGGAGGAAAUCUUGCUGCUGUUCAGGCCAGUCGGAUUUCAACAUCACUUCACAAGCAGCAAAACGGCAGUAUACGAGAAAUGCCAAUCGUAUGCAUAAGUCCUGUAGAUGUAUUUUUCACAGCAGGAGAGCAUGCAAGGACAGCAAAAGUGCUUUUAAUGAUGGCCAUUCCUGGACACCUAAUUUUUAGUUAUACAAUCAGUUGUUUACAAGCUGGACAUACUUCCUUGACGCCUAUAUUUAUAAUAAUUUACUUAACAGCUGUACUUUUGCAGGUUAUUUUGUUACUUUAUAUUGCCCAAUUGAUGGUUGUGUGGAUGUGGACCAAAGGUAUGGACCCUGACAGCUCUGCAAUUCCAUACUUGACUGCUGCAGGUGAUUUGAUUGGAACUGCUUUGCUUGGCAUAGCCUUUCAUAUACUUAAUGCUAUCGGUGAUGGAGAUUCUGACGUUGGGGAUUAAAUAUGUAAAAAAACAAUUGUAGAGUUCGAAAGAGAGAGACUUAAAAAUUUCCAAAGCGUUGUCACAUAUCUAAAUAGUAUCUAUAUUGAAAGAUAGUAACGAUAAUAUAUUAUGAUAGUAUUUUAAUUUUGUGUACGUUAUAAUGCUGAACUUAAGUGCAACUUAGGAACGAAAUCAAAAGAGAAAUAAGAGUCAUGGUCAAGGUUCCUGAUAACAUAAGGAAGAUCAAACAAUUUACGGUAUUAAUUUUAUGGCAUUAUCUUACAAGACUUAUAAAUUUAAGAAUGUUGCCUCCUCUUAGAA